AGUUCAGGGGUGUCAAACUCGCAGUUAUGGCUGCCCUCAUAGGGCUGUUUGUAACAGUGAGUGGAUGGAAAUGUAUAUUGCCCAAAAAUUUAUUAAAAAAAAAUAAAAAUAAAAUAUAUAUAUACUUUUUUUUUUAACUUUUUUUUUUGUUUUUUAGUAGAAUCAAUCUCCAAAAAUAUGUUUCCCAGCCAUCUCCACGCUACCAGAAGGAGCUCUUCUAACCUGUAACUUGUUUUGAAAAAGGGAGAUGGACUUUAUUUUUCCUAGCAUGGAAAGAAGAAAGUGAGUGUGAAGGACAGUGCUGAGAAGAAGUGGAUGAUAUUCAAUGGAAUUAAAGAAAGAAAUCAUCAAAAACAUGAGCGAGCGUCUAGUUAGCUAACUUGGUGAAGCAGUUGAAGUAUAGCACUGCUAAUCUGCACCAUACUGAAAUGGUGUGAGUCAAUAACCAACUAAGGACGUUUAUCCAUAAAAAUAUGGAGAAGCUGCUGAUGGUCUGUUUGACAGUGAAGCAGCUGAAAGGAGGAAUUAUUUUUACAUCACUGUACUUCAUAAAACUAUUGCACUUGUUUUUACUACUUUCUAUUGCAUUGUUUUUAUACAAUGUUCAUCAUGGGUGCCCCAAAAAAUAAAUUCACAUCUGAAUCUGUAUUCAAAAAUCGAUUUGAGGGAAAAGAAGUUUGAAAUUAUUUUUAAGAACCACUUUUUAAAAAAAUACAAUUUAGGCCAUAGCCAUGCUACCAGAAAAAGCUUCUCUAAACUGUGGUAAGAGUUUCAUUGUAAUUAUUCUACCAAAUAAUACAUUGCCAGAAUCGGAUUGAAUCAAGAAUUGAUUGCAAAUCAAUUCGUCAACUCAAGAAUCGUAGCCCGAUCAAAUCGUUCGGUGCACAAAGAUUCACACACCUAUUAACUUGCAUGUAAAAUUUACGACAUAAACUACGAUACAAUUAGUCCUGCAGCGUAUUUACUAGAGUCGUCAGUUAACAUCUAAAUAUCCUCCAAUAAGCACACAAGGUUGGUGUUGUAUUUUAGUCAAGUUAUUUACAACAGGUGAACAUGGUAGACUACUAGGAGCCAGCAGCUACACAACAGUUAAGCGCACCAUAACACACAAGCUAGACAUACAGUAUGUAAUAAGUGUCCGUAAUAUGUUGCAUAUUUGUCAAUAUAAACAAGUGUCAAAUAAUUAUAGUUGCAUUUUACAUAAAACUACAUUUCCAAGGCAAAAACUUACUAGAAAAGUACCUGGUAACAAACGUGUUUACAUCGCUGAUUUAUUUACUUCGUCAUGAUCUUAAUAUCAUUAGUUAUUCUUGGUACAAGUUAUCGCCAAUAAACAAUUACCACACCACUUCAAUUUAAAGACAGUGUAGGUCCAUUCGAAAUGGUUAUCAAACAGUGUUUUUAGUGCCUAGUGUUUUCUGAGUAUAUUUUAAUGAUCAAAUCUUUUAACGCUACAAAAUAAAUGUAUUUAUGAAUCCUGCUGAUAUCCGAUUGGAUUAUUAUUAGUAUUGGGCAAUACUCAAGGCUGUAAUAUCUGUAUAAAGUUGUAUUGGGACACGUUCUAAUUUAAAUAUUUUUGAUAACAAAAAAACUUUUUGGAUUAUCCUGUUGCAUGUUCAAAUAGUCAUUAAGUUUCGAAUAUGGGCUUUCCUUGGUCAGGCGUCACUUGAGUGACGCCUGUUGUCAAAGUCAGUUUCUGUCCUGAUAUGUAUGGUUGCUACAACCGAGUAAUGAACCCUGUGAGGAAGUCCCCUUAAAAUGUAAUGUUUGCACAAUGUUUUAGAGGGCAACAAGGAAGUGGAUCAUGUGUUAUAUAAAGAAAGACACAACGCACAAUGAGAACAGUCAUGUAGAGAAUCUGUCACUAGAAGAGUUGCCAUGGCGCUGACAUCUGUUCUUAAAGCUCUGGGGUCAUUAAGUCUGUUCCUGGUAGAUUCAGCUCCAGUUUCUGAGAAUCUUUCACCUGCCAUCAUUGGACCUGAGCACAUUCAAAUAAAGGCACAACCAGGGCAGUCAUUGAUUCUACAUUGUGAAGCCGUGACCAACAGUGAGCACGAUGUGACGCUCCUCUACUGGCUUAUCAACGGCUCAUUCCCUGAAGAUAUUCCCAGCAAUGAAAGAAUAACCGAAUUGGAGACAGCAACAUUUUUGGAUGGUGCAAUCGAGCAGCGGAGUUUGCUGCUAAAGAAUGUUAUCUUUGAAGACCUCGGUGCCACCUUCACCUGUGUUGUGAUGAAUAGUUUUGGAAUGGCUUACAAGAAUGUAACGCUCACAGCAAAAACUGGUGACUGUUAUGAGUGGGGAAAAAAAAUCAAUUUAAAAACAUUCUUUUGCUAGGUAUACCAAUAAAGGGGAAAUAAAAUGA